CAGGUGCUUGGCAAAGGCCUGGUUGUGAGCCGGGCAGCCGAGUUAGAUGGGGUGGCGCCCAGAGUCGGCGACAUGUCUCUCGAUUGGGAGGACAAAGAUGAUGACAAGCCAAUGAUCCCCACGACCGAUGAAGAGAAACCACUCCUUGAGGACCCUAAAGACCACUUGAAUGCCACCUAUAUUAUUUUCUUCCUUCUUGGGACUAACUCUCUUUUGCCCUUAAAUUUUAUCAUCACGGCAAAGCAUUACUGGAUGUAUAAACUUCAGAACUGCUCAGAAGACAUUGCUCCUGCAGAGCAGGGAUCCUCAGAUAUUCAUAACUUCUUUGAAAGCUACAUUUCUGUGGCUUCCACUGUGCCUUCUGUCCUGAGCUUGAUUGGGAACUUCCUGCUAGUCAACAAGGUCUCUGUCAAUGUCCGUAUUCUCUCCUCCUUGGCUGUCAUGCUGGCUGUCUUCCUGGUGAUCACUGUGCUGGUCAAAGUGGACACUUCUGCUUGGACUCUGUGGUUUUUUAUACUCACCAUCGUUUGCGUAGCUGUCGUCAGCAGCGCUGCCACCGUCUUCAUCAGCAGCAUCUUUGGCUUGUCGGGAUGCUUUCCCAUGCAGAAUUCCCAGGCACUGAUUUCAGGUCAGGCCAUGGGGGGAACAGUGAGUGCCUUGGCAUCAGUGGUGGAUCUGGCAGCAUCAUCGGAAGUCACAAAUAGUGCUCUGGCCUACUUCUUGAUAGUGGACAUCUUCAUUGUCCUGUGCAUUGUGAUGUAUCUGAUCCUUCUCAAGCUGGAGUACUCCAGGCAUUACAUUACAAGGCAGAAGAGCAGCACACUGCCACCAAAUGCUUUGCCUGGCAGUUACUUGGAAGAGGAGGAUAUGGCUGCAGUUUCCGCCAGCCAGCUCUUGCCAGGCAGAAGCAAUACGGGAAGAAUCCCUCCUCUCUGGUUCAUCUUGAAGAAGAUUGGCAUGUUAGGGUUCUGCGUCUUCUAUGUCUACUUCAUCUCGAUCAUCAUUUUCCCUGCAAUCUCAUCCAGCAUUGAGUCCAUGAACAAGUUCUCAGGGAGCCUAUGGACAGAUAAAUACUUCACCCCCCUCACUAGUUUCCUUCUGUAUAAUUUUGCUGACUGGUGUGGACGGCAGAUCACUGUAUGGAUCCAGGUUCCUGGACCACAUAGCAAGUGGCUACCUACUAUGAUUCUGCUGAGAACUGUUUUCAUUCCAGUUUUUAUGUUGUGCAACUACCAGCCUCGAAUGCACAUUGCAAAAGUAGUCUUUGCCCAGGAUGUGUAUCCGGUGGUGUUUAUUGUGUUCCUGGGACUCAGCAAUGGCUACCUGAGUACCCUAUCAAUUAUAUACGGUCCCAAAGUCACUCCUAAGGAACUGUCAGAGGCAGCAGGAGUGUUGAUGAUGCUCUUUCUGCAGGUGGGAUUAGCACUAGGAUCAGGCUUCUCAGUUCUUGUGGCCCAUCUCAUAUAGAUGGAAGGUUUCAGGCCACUCCUGAAACUUCACUACUCCAAGGACAUUUUCAGAAUGGCAGAGCAAGCACGGGCCAAGCCAGCCAGUGGAGUACUCUAUUUCUUAGGAGUGGUGUAGGCUCUCUUGCCUCUGGUUGCACAGAAAAAUCUUGGAAACGCACCACGAAAUAUAGGAGUGAAAUUCAAAGCUUGG